AUGUCAGACACGCCGAGUUCGCGUCAACAACAACAAUUACCAUUAGAAUUUCCCGUUCAAGUCCAUCCUGGUUAUUCAGUAUUACCACCGAUUUCAUCAUCAAGUUCUGAGUGUGACAAAACAUCUUCAGAUGUCAAAGACUUUUGGAUUAAACUUCGCGAACAUAUCAACAGCGAAAGAUUGAAACCGUACGAUAAACAUGGAAAUCAAAGAACAUCGAACAAAGUCGUUCGAAUCUUCGUUUCAUCAACAUUUACAGAUUUUUUCAAUGAACGUGAAGUUCUGAUUAAAAAAGUCUUCACUGCACUGCGCGAUGAAAUGCGACCAGCCGGUAUUCAAAUCAUUGAUUGUGAUCUACGAUGGGGUGUUCCGAAAGAUUCAACAACUGAGCAAACCAUCCUAGCAUGUCUUGAAGAACUCGAUCGAUGUUUAGAAGAAAAUGGUCAACCAUUUUUUAUCGGACUGAUAAGCGAUAAAUAUGGUUGGGUUCCGAAAUUGAACGAUUUACCAAAGCAUAUAACGGAAACCUAUUCGUGGAUUGAUGGAGCAUCGAUAACAUUGAUGGAAUUUAUUCAUGGUGCAUUUCGUCGAAACAAUCCCAAUGCAUUUUUUCUCAUUCGAAAGUCGGAGGAUCUUCUGAAGCAUCUUCCUGAAAAGUAUAACGAUAAAUUUCGUGAUAAAGACCAAUUAAGUCAAAAGCAGAUCAUAGAAUUAAAAGGUCAAUUAUCGGAAAUCAUCUCUCCCGAGCACAUCUUCGCUUAUGAUUGUUCAUACAGUGGCUUAGAUUCAUCAACCGGACGUGAAAGAGUGAAAAUCGAUGGCUUCGAAGAAUUCGAAGAGGGAGCAAAAACUUUCCUACGUGAAGCCAUACAGAAAUGGUACCCGGAAAACUUCAAUCAAGAUAAUUCAAUCAAUAUCGAGGAAAAAGAAAUGAACAUAUUUCUUCUGAAUAAAACGCAAUAUUAUGUUGAUCGAUCCAGCGAACGUUCGAUGCUUAUGAAGUAUAUAACUGGCGAUCACAGUGGUUUCGUGUUAAAUCAGUCCGAGAAAGCAAUUGGUCAACCUUUGUUAGCUCUCACAAGUCAACCGGGUGAUGGGAAAACCAUGUUCCUUGCAAAGUUUGUCUUAGAUAUUGAAGAAACAAUGAAAGACAAAGCUAUUAUUUACUACUAUUUUGCCGAAGGAGCAUAUCAAGACGGAACUCAUUUCAUACUGAAUAAUUUACAGAUGAAAUUCUUAAAAUAUCUGGAUGACAAUGAUAUCAAAUCUUCAAAAACGAAUGAGAAAUUCAAUUUUAGUGAUGACUCAUUUCUUGAAGACGCUAUUGCUGCAAUACCAAUACCAAUCAUCAUAAUUGUCGACGGAUUGGAAAAGGGUGAUCUGCAUCAUGAUCGAGUUUAUAAGGACACAUUUCCGUUCCUUUGGUUUUCCUCAUUGCUAAGUAAUCACACAUAUAUCAUAAUCAGCACAGAAUUAAAUUCGAAUUUGCAUCAAACCGUGCGUAACCAUUCACAUUAUGAACUUGAACUUCAAUUAUUAACAACUGAACAACGUAGUUCAUAUAUUGAUAUGUUUUUCCAUAGUUUUAAUAAGAUCCUUGAACCAGAACAGAAAUCUUUACUUGUCGACAACAAGGGUGGUGAGCAUCCAAUUUAUUUAUCGUAUGUUUGUGAAAAUCUUCGGCAAUUCGGUGAUUAUUCACUUGUUACCAAACGUCUGAAAAAGUAUCCAACAACAUUAGAUGAUCUACUCAAUUUUCUACUGGAUGAAGCCUAUGAAAUUAUCGACAAUCGGGCAGUUAUUGACGCGUUCUUCAAAUUACUGCUUAUAUCCGACAUUGGUCUAGUCGAAGCAGACAUGGUCAACAUACUUGAUCAUUAUCUGAAUAGAAAUACAGAUGAAAACAAUCGAGUAGAUGUAAACCCGAUGGUAUGGGCGACAUUACGAAGACAUGUCAAAAUAUUUCUUGACACAACCUGGAUCAUAGGAAGCCAGUAUAUCAUUUUUCGCGAUUCAUCCGUUGAAAAGUUAUUACGACAACGUUGCUUGAAAGCUGAUGAAAACGAAAUACGCACUCUUCAUGCAUUCAUGGCCAUGUUUUAUCGUAAACAUUCGUCGAUCAAAGAUAUUGCGACAUCUCGUGUAUUGUAUCAUUAUGAGCAAGGCCGUAUGUACCAUGAACUUCUUGCAUAUUUGAAUUCAGUGGAAGGAUACAUUGUUACUCACCAUGAUCGACAAAACUAUUUACGACGUCGUCGUUGUACAAACACACUUGGUUCGGUUAAUACUAAUGAGAAUCAACGUGCUUAUGCAUGUAAUAUGUGUGCGAAACGAUUUAAAUUACCUCUAUUUAUGACGCAGAAAAGUCCGUGUAUUAUUUGUUCAAGACAUGUUCCUCCGGCGAAUUCGACUGAAGUACCUCUCGAGAAACGCGAAGCGCGUCUAUGUCAAAAGCAUGGUACGGAUGAUUAUCCACAAAGUUUUCAAUGUGUAUUUUGCAAAAAACUUCAACCAAUGCCAACAGGAGAAUCAGCAGGACCAAGAAAAGAUCCUUUGCCGUUAUUCAUUUGCUGUGAAUGUUGGACGGCAGGUGGAGAAACAGAGUCGCGUUGUUCUGCAUUUGUUUUGGACUCGUAG